AUGAAUGAUCAGCUAUUCCGACCUCGCGGUCUGUACUGUCUGAUCAUGGCCUACGACGUCAAUUCGUACAGGAGUGUCACGCAGCAGGACACAACCACGGAUCUCGAUGCGAUGGUGCCAGGUUCUCAUCGGUCGGAUCAAGGUACAAGGCACAAGAUCCGGAGCAACGAUGGAGUUACGGGAGUCGCAAACUUUCCAGCAGCUGCGGAACUGAUCUUUCCUGAUCCGAAUGACACACUUCCUGACUCGGAUGAUGAUCAGGAGAGUGAUGAUGAGGAUGGCAAGGGGAAUGGGAAUGGGUUCUUGGGAAAGCUCGGCAAGUUUGCGGCAGAUAUGAAUGCGAAGAGAGACCUCAGGUCUCAGGUGAAAUUUCAAAGAAAGAACCCGACAAGUGCAAUCAACUCUUUGCUUGAUCCCAAAGCCGGGCUCAGCGAGAAAGACCUUCGGAAGCAAGACAAGAGAGAAGUCAAGCAGGAACGCAAACGAGACAAAGCCGAGCGCAAGGCGGAGAAAAGACAGCGGAAACAUCCUGAGAGAAGCCCUAAGGAGCCAAAGAUGAAGCCGCUCCUCUUUAAAGUGCGUGAUGGUGAUGUCGCCGUCGCCGUGUGCACAGUGGAACAACAUCUGCCGCGCAUGGCUGCUCUGUAUCUCGUAGCACAAGAGACGGCGCCACCAGAAACCCGCAUUCCACCACAGCGCCACUCACUGGUCCUCCCAGGCCGGCGGACUGACGCCACGCGCGACGCAAGGGCUGAAACCCGCAUGCAGACUGCGUUCCAGUGCCGCUCACAUAUGCAGCGCGGCGCGGCGAUUGCACCACCGGGCACUAUGGCGACCAAUACCGACCCGUCCGGCAGCGGCCUGCGCCCUGUAACGGACCAGAUCUACGUAUCCCACCCGAGCGACCCGAGCGACGCCGCCGCAGCUGAUGGCGGGCCAUCACGCAACGACGACCCCACGGCGAUCCUCAUCCACGGCUGGGGCGGCGCCAGCGCGAAAAGCAUCAGCGGCCAUGCCGCCGGCUACCGGAAGCUCUACCCGGGAGCCAAGAUCGUCGUCGUGCUCUCCACGCCUACCUUGUACCUCUUCCGCAGCUACGACGCGUGUGUGCGGGCCAUGCGCAGGGUCGUGGACGAGAUCUUCCCGACGGCUGAGAAUAGCAAGGAGAAUGAGCAGCCGCGCCUGCUCGUCCACGUCUUGUCCAACACGGGCCUGUACUUCUACUCGGCAACGCUGACCGCCUACCGCCAGAGGUUCGGCCCGGGCGCGAAGCUGCCUCACCCGCUGCUGGCCCUCGACUCGGCGCCUGGCGGCUCAGACUUCUCGGCAAAUGUCGGCCGCUGGACGCAGGCCACGGCGAUCGGCCUGCAGCGGGUGUCGCCGCUGCCCUACUUUGCGACGGAAAAGGUCUGCAGCCUUUUCUGGCAUGCUAACCGCACGCUUGAGCUGGCCACGGGCCGGGAGAACAUGCACGCCAUUGGCCCGCGCGUCGUCAACGAUGCGGAUCUCGAGAGCACGGACGCGAUGCGCCUUUACUUGUACUCUAAAGAGGAUGCUCUGAUGGGGUGGGAGGACAUUGAGAAGCAUGGCCAGGAGGCGGAGGAGAAGGGCUACAAGACUACGCGGGUCAUGUUUGCUGGCAGUUCGCAUGUGAGCCAUAUGCGCGCGCAUCCGGACAAGUACUGGGAAGCUGUGUCUCGUUCGUGGUCCCAAGCGAUCGAGGCACAGUCGACCAGUGCCGAGCCGACUGAGGAAGGUCGCCUCAAGGCACGAUUGUGA